AUGGCUACUCAAGAUGCGGGGCAAAGCUCGGUCAUCUCCGCGACGGACCUACCAUUCCACACGAGCAAGAAAGAACCCGAAUACGAUCUCGGUCAAUGUCUCGCGGCAAUAAAGGGAGAAACAGUCCCGUCCGAUGUGACGUCUCCUUGGCAUCCAAGCACUGAGCUACGAGAGCACAGUGGAAGUCAGUUACAGCCUGGUUUGGAGCCUAGAGAUGCUUUUGCGCAAUCUUCGAUCCAUUUUUGUGAUAUGGUUGUUCCUCGGGGGCAGCCUCCCAGAGACGAGUGGAACUCUCCUGGUACCUAUGGCGGUUUGCCGGUUGACCCCGCAGUCGUGGAAAGACACAUGUGGCUGUCAUUCGAAACCGCCCAGAAGAUCGAAGAACAAUGUAGUGGAAUCUACAAUGAUAGCGCGGACACCGGCUACUUGGAUAUCGAAGAUGAUGAUCCGGAAAACGAACUUUGGCUGAAGCUUUCGCGUCCUCUGAAGCAGAUGACAUCUUUUGAAAUGAAGGACUGGGACCAAAGCUAG